AUGGCGUCCAAACUUGCGCCAUGGGCCUUCAGGGCGCCGUCACAGAUGCUGCGAAGCUCCAUCAAGCAGCAGCGAAGAGCAUUGCAGGUGUCGAGCGUAUCGCGAAGCGCAUCGCUCAUGGUCCACAGAAACACCGAAGUCAACAACCCUGAUAUCCCUUUCGAAUUCAAUGCGCAGAACAAGGAGUUAAUAAAAGAAGUCCUGAGCCGGUACCCAUCGCAAUACAAAAAGGCCGCCGUUAUGCCCCUGCUCGAUCUCGGCCAGCGGCAGCACGGAUUCACCAGCAUCAGUGUCAUGAACGAGGUUGCGAGGAUACUGGAGAUGCCACCAAUGAGAGUAUACGAGGUGGCUACUUUCUACACCAUGUACAACCGGAAUCCCGUGGGCAGAUUCCAUGUUCAGUGCUGCACAACGACACCGUGCCAGCUGAACGGUAGCGAUGGCGUUAUGAAGGCGAUCGAGGAGGAACUCGGUAUCCACCACGGCGAGACUACCAAGGACAAUAUCUUCACCUUCACGGAGGUGGAGUGUUUGGGCGCCUGCGCAAACGCACCCAUGGUUCAGAUCAACGAUGACUACUACGAGGACCUCACGCCAGAGACUACGAAAGAGCUUUUGCGCGCGUUGAGGGAGGCUGCAGAGAAGACUGGCGCAAGUGGCUGGGCACCAGGUCUUGCGGGCGAAUCUGGCAAGAAUCAAGUAUCAGGCGAGUCAACAGGACGAAAGACCAAGCUGGGAGGAGCUGGAUAUACACAUCUUGGUGCGAAAGUGCCUGCGCCAGGACCUAUGAGCAGUCGUGUAUCAUGCGAAAACUCGGCUGGACAGACGACGUUGCUGGGAGACUUGCCCACGCCUGAACAGACGCUCAGAAAGGAUGGGGUGUUAUAGAAGCAUUCAUCAGUUGUAGAUAUGUACCAAUGCAGCCAUGGAGAGAAG